UCCCUUAUGACUGUCUCCACUUCCUGAUCCCUGGCGGAUGUUUAGGAUCACGUGAUUGCAGAGAUCCAAUAACAGGGCGUAAAACGCUAAAAUCACUGGAGGCUACCUUAUACAACCCAGCCUCAAAGACACUGACAUACACCUUUAAAUUAAUCUGAGUGUAAUUCAAUUAAAUAAAGGCAUUGAAUUGAUAAAAAAUUAAUUGAAAUAUGUGAAAAAAUUGGAUUUAAAUGUGUCAUUCUUAAUGUAGCACAUUUGAGAGUUGAUGAGUGCAAAAUUAAACAUUUUAUCCUGUCGUAUCAGCACCCAAAUGUCUUUAAGAGUGAUCUGGGGUGUUGUUAUGUUUUGUUCUCAGCUGAGAAGAAAUAACAGAUAAGAUUUUUUGGUGUAAAGAAGAAUUAUGUGAGAGUACGGCUGACUGAUUCGGAGUGUUUUAUGAAAUUAGAGGAACAGGAAGUAACCACAAAGACAGGAAGCUGAAAAAGGGCAGAGCAGAAGAAGAAAGUGGCAUGGAUGUAUGUGUGUGUGCCGGCAGUCAAAGUUCAGACUCAUAAUGUUAGUAAAACAUUCAUCUAACACACACAUUUUACAACAGCAGGGUGUGUGAGUUUGUAAGAAGAGAGAGAGAGAAAGACAAUCAAGGUGCCCCCUUGCUCGCUCAAACGUCCUGAAUCCAUUUAUGACCUGUCUUAGUGUGGGCGGGUGAGCAGACACACAGAGGGAGACAUGAUUUCAUUUCAGGACGAGCGUGCACAACUGGAGAAUGAGAAUGAGAGAGCGAGGGAGGAAGGUGGAGCCACAGAGAGAGAGAAAGAGAGAGAGGGGCAACUGAGUGCUCAGAUGAGUGUGACAGCAGCCAGAGGAGUCAGACAGACCUGAGCGGGACACCCAGGCAGAUUUUAUUCCAAACAGAAAGAAGACGGAGGAGAAGAGGGAGCAGGAGAGGAAGAAGAGAGAGGAGGAGAAGAGGAGUGUCUGCAGAGGAAACAGGUGGCUGUCUCCAUGGCAACAGGUGCGUACUUAUUGCUGAGCCUGUUGGCUGGUGCUUGUGUGGCACUAAAUCUGGACACCGCAUUCCCGCUGCUGAAGACGGGCACAGACGGGAGCCUUUUUGGGCUGUCAGUCGCUCUGCAUAAACAUCUGAAGACAAACUCUUACCUACUACUGGUUGGAGCUCCCAAAGAUAAGGCGGCACCAAAUGUACCAGCCAACAGGACAGGAGGAGUGUACAGCUGCCCAAUCACUGCUAGCCAAUCAGACUGUAGUAGGAUGAACCUCAUCAAUCCAGACCAGCUUCUUGAUGAGGACGUGGUUGAGGACAUGUGGCUGGGCGUCUCCGUGGCCAGUCAGGGUCCACCUGAGGGGCGGGUCUUGGCAUGUGGUCAUCGUUUUGUUAAACUGUAUGGAUCGUUCAAACUCUAUCACAUGGUUGGCAAAUGUUAUAUCCGUGGAAAUGACCUGCAGUUCAAUGAAGAAGACGGGCACUGGCAGAGCCCUGACCAGCUUUGCAGUCACGAGGGUGAUGUCAGAGGCCAGGUCAUGUGUACCAGUGGGAUGUCUGCAACCAUCACUCAGACUGAUAUCAUUGUUGGCUCACCUGGAAGUUAUGAAUGGCAAGGUAAUGUUCAUGUUUCUUGGAUGAAUCCAGAUGAGGUAUUUGUCACAAACUCUUUCUCAACAUUGAAGCAAAGGAACAUUUAUAUAGGAUAUUCUGUCACUCAGGCUCCUCGUCUUCUCUCUAAGGAUGAAGAAACCAUCGUAACAGGAGCUCCAAAGGACAAUAAAGAUGAUGCUCGAGGUUCUGUGCUGCUGGUGACCAAGCAGGCACAGAAUAAGCUGGUCACUCAGCAGACUCUGCGUGGUGAACUGGUGGGCUCCUACUUUGGCAAUGUUGUGGCAACAAGCGACCUCAAUAAUGAUGGGUGGAACGACCUGCUGGUGGGCGCUCCUUUUUACUUUGAGCACCAGCAGGGCGUGGGUGGAGCCGUUUACAUCUACAUGAACGCAGGAGGCCGGUUUGAUUCUAGUCCCAGUGUGGUGCUGAAAGGACCAGCAGGGUCUGCAUUUGGUAUGGCUGUUUGUGCAGCUGGAGACCUGAACCAAGAUGGCUUCCAGGACUUUGCAGUUGGAGCUCCCUUCCAUGAAACAGGAUCUGUGAUGAUCUGGACUGGGAGCAAGAAGGGGGUUUCUACAAAGCCCAGCCAAGUGAUCCAGGGCAGCAGGAUCUCUCCUCAGUUCAGGACUUUCGGGUAUUCUUUGAAUGGAGGUGUGGAUGUUGAUGGGAACAAAUAUCCUGAUCUGCUGGUGGGCUCUCUGGAUGACACCGUCGCUCUGCUCAGAUCUCGCCCUGUUGUUCACCUUGGUAAGAGCCUGAUGGUAACUCCGUACAAAGUCGACCUUAACAGCUGUGACUACUGCAUAAAGGUGAGGGUGUGUUUCUCCUACAUGUUCAGCACUGGAGAGAGGAGCAAAAGUGAUAACAUCACCAUCCACUACACCCUCACCGCUGACACUACCAGCUUCAAGUCCCGCCUCCGUUUCCGUGAUGGGCAGAGCGAGUACUCCGGAUAUGUGUCGAUGCCGAAGGAAGAGUGUGAAACGGUGGAAGUGGGACUACGGAGCCGCACCAUCCGAGACAAAGUGGAACCUCUGGUGUUUUCCUUGAACGUCUCUCUGUACGAGAAGCUUCCAAAGAAAAGAAAGGCCAUACAGGACCUAAAACAAUUCCCAGUGCUGAGCCAGACACCCAAACCAAUCAGAACAGAGAUCCACUUCCUGAAGGCUUGUGGUUCUGAUAAUCUCUGCCAUAGUAAUCUGCAGAUGAGCGCCCAGUUCACAGAUGAGAACCAGAAACCCUUGCCCACCAGUGGCAUUGCAGGGCAGGAGGACAAACAGAUGUGGUACUAUGAUGGCAGCACUAGUCGAUUGUUUCUGGAAGUCAACGUCAGCAAUACACCAUCACCAGGUCGACCAGCAGAGGAUGCUCAUAACACAGUUUUAAGGAUUAGCAUUCCCCGGUUCCUCACCUACUCUGCGGUCCGAACAAAGAAAGACGUCCAGGACAUUGUGAGGUGUUCUGUCAACAACACAGCUCUUCUUUGUGAUGUUGGGAAUCCACUGAAAAGCAAUCACAGGGUUCAGGUUUUGAUCAUAUUUCAGCCGUCUGAGAUCAGUUUAGACACUAGAGUGAUCGAGUCUGAGCUAAAGCUUUCCACGCUUAGUGAGCAGUCAGAUCUAUUUCCUCUUCACAUCUCCAUGUUGGUUGAUUAUUCGCUGCAGACAUCUCUCACUCUAAUAAAUCCCCCAGAAUUCAUCUCCUUCAGUGGUGAGGUGGUUGGUGAGUCGGCCAUGAAAACGACAAACGAUGUUGGCAGUCUGGUGCUCUUUACCUUACAGGUUCACAUUAUUGGGAAGCCACUGGGUCAACUGGGUGACCUUGGGGUGGAAUUUGAUUGGCCAUUAGAGGUCCCCAAUGGAAAGUGGCUGCUGUACCUGACAGAAAUCCAAAUGAACGGUACAUCACAGUCUCACUGUACUCCACCUGAGGAUAUCAUCAACCCCCUCAACCUCAAGCUGUCAAAAGAGGAUGAGAAGAACAGGAGGAGAAGGAGUCUUGAGGAGACGGUCCAAGAGAAAAAGGUGUCCAAGGGUGAAAGAACUCUACCUGUCCUCCACCUGCAGGGAAAGAAAAAGAAGUCCUACAGUCUGGACUGUGCUUAUGGGGCUAAAUGUGUCAAGUUCGUCUGUCCACUAGUCAACAUGAACAACACAGCAACCUUGGCUAUCAGAGCACGACUGUGGAACUCCACUAUGAUCGAGGACUACAAUGAUGCAAGGACUGUGACGAUUCGAGGCAAAGCGACUUUGAAGCUGCAGACUAGCAAACCAUCAGUCAGCAUGGACUCUCAGAGCACAGAGAUUGAAGUAGACGUUUAUCCAGACCAGGGACUGGAGGUGGACUCUGGCGCCUCACUGUGGAUAAUCAUGGUGUCUGUCCUAGCAGGAGUAUUACUGCUGGCUCUGAUCUGCCUGCUGCUUUGGAAGUGUGGUUUCUUCAAGAGAGCUAGCACCAGAGAGCUGUACCAGCCUAAGACCCAGAAAGCCCACAUGAAGAGUCAGCCAUCAGAGCAUGACAGGCUGGACGAAGAGCUCUGAGGCUGGGGCACUGCUGCUAGAGAGCCCUGCUGUAAGGACCGGCUGCUGGUGUGGUUUCUUUGAACGCCAGAGGGCGUGGCGGGCUACAGUGCUCCACCAGGGGAGGAUCAUGGAUAAAGACAAGCAGCAGCAGUAUACUGAUGCUGAUGGUUUCCUGAUUCAAGACAAAGUGUCUUCAUCCAGAGGCAGGAAGUCCCCAAAACACUGGGUCACCUCCUGGACUGAGACAAACUAAGAAACCAGCAACCUUUGUGGACUAAAACAUCUUGAACUGGACCAAACCAGACCAACACAAACUGAACUUAACAAGUCCAAACCAACACAACUUGACUGGAGCCGAUGUAUCCUGACCCCUACUGAGCCAGACCAACAAAGCCUGAACAAAAACCGAGAUGGAUCAACUCAUCCUAAAAAAGACCAAGCCACAUCAGCCCAUCCUGGACCUGAGUAGUACAUCCUUAGCCAGACCAAACCAGACCACAAAUCCUGAACCAGACUUGGUCAGAACACAGCUUUCUGAUCCAUGCCAAGCCUGAUGACUGCAUUGCAAACUGUCUGUUUUCUAUGCAUCUAUCCUGAGCUGAACCAGAAUGUCUGUAAUCAGUCUCAACCAACUUAUCCUGAUUGAGAUCAACAUAUCCUGAAUUAAACCACACAAUAACAUUCUGGACUGGACUUAGAAGUGGUUUUAACCAAACCAGACCAACACAUCCUGAGCCACUUGACAAUUUAUAACCAGACCAAAACAAACCCCAGAACUGUCCUGUAAACCAACCAAACCAGGGCAUCCUAAUUGAGACAACACCAGAGAAGCUCAUCUAGAUUAAAACCUAAAAUGAUCAGUUUGGCCUGGAGAGGACCAAACCAGAACAAACAUGCUAGAAAAUUCCAAACAAGACCAACAAACUGUGAAUCAGACUUAGCCAGGUCACCAACCAUUUGUUGGCCUGAACUGGCUGAGGAAUUAAAGGCUGACCAGACAAAAAUGUCUUCAAAGGGCUGACAACAAAAACCAGACCAAAAAAAAAAAUAAACAGUUGUUAAUUAUGAGGCCAACUGGACCAACAACUUCUAUCCAGGACAAAAAGCUAAAACUGUCAUCAAUCAGACCAAACCAGACCAACAAAUCCUAACCAGACCAAAACAGACCAUUCAAUCCUCAAUCUAUACACACCACGGCAUCCUUAAUCAGACCAAACCAGACCAACAACUCCUAACCAGACCAAACCAGACCAACAAAUCCUGAACAGACCAAACCAGACCAACUGAUCCUCAAACUAACCACAUCAUGGCCUUAAAAAUCAGACCAAACCAAACCAACAAAUUCUAACCAAACCAUGGCCUCCUAAAACAGACCAAAUCAAACCAACAACUCCUAACCAGACAAAACCAGACCAACUGAUCCUCAAGCUAACCAAACCAUGGCAUCCUAAAACAGACCAAACCAGAAAAACAAAUCCUAACCAGACAAAUCCAGACCAACAAAUCCUAACCAGACAAAACCAGACCAACAAAUCCUAACCAAACAAAACCAGACCAACAAAUCCUCAAACUAACCAAACCAUGACAUCCUAAAUCACACCAAACCAGACCAACAAAUCCUAAACAGACCAAAAAAAAAGUCAAUCGAUCCUCAAACUAACCAAACCAUGGCAAACAUAUCCUCAACAAGAACAAACCAGACCAACUCAAUAUGAAUUGGACUGGACCAAUGCAUCCAGAACCAAACCACACCAGUACAUCCUUGACCGGACAAAUACACAUUAGUAUUUACACUUUUUUCACCAAACUAGGCCAACAUGGGGCCACUGGUUUAGCUCACCUGAAAGAGAAGGUGCCCCAUAUAGAGAAGCUAAAGGCCUCAUCACAGGGUUCUAGGUUCCACUGCCAAUCCAUCUAAACCAGUACAAAACAUCUUAAACUUAAAGGUACAGUGUGUAAAAAUGGGACUAUCGACAUCUAACAGUCAAUUCUGGAGUGUGAUGCUCAUUUCUCUGGUGAUAACUGUGGGAACCAGUGAAGUUUAAAAAUCAAU